AUGGAUGGGGAAGAAGUUUGGGAUGGAGAAGAAGUUAAGGAGGGAGAAAUGAUCAUGGAUGGAGAAGAAGUUAAGGAAGGAGAAGAAAUUAGGGAUGAUGAGGAAGAAAGUAAGGAUGGAGAAGAAGAAAUUAUGGACGGAGAAGAAGUUAAGGAAGGAGAAGAAACUAAGGAAGGAGAAGAAGUUAGGCAUGGAGAAGAAGUUUGGGAUGGAGAAGAAGUUUGGGAUGGAGAAGAAUCUACUAAGUAUGGAGAAGAAAUGAAGGAAGAAGAAAAUGAAGUUAAGGAAGCAGAAGAAAUUAAGGAGGAUGGAGAAGAAGUUAAGGAUGGAGAAAUAGUUUGGGAUGGGGAAGAAGUGAAGGAAGGAGAAGAGGUUAAGGAAGAAGAAGAAGAAGAAGUUUUGGAUGGAGAAGAAGUUAAGGGUAAAGAAGAAAGUAUGGAUGGGGAAGAAGUUUGGGAUGGAGAAGAUGUUAAGGAAGGAGAAGAAGUUAUGGAUAAAGAAGAAAGUAUGGAUGGGGAAGAAGUUUGGGAUGGAGAAGAAUAUACUAUGUAUGGAGAAGAAAUGAAGGAAGAAGAAGUUAAGGAAGGAGAAGAACUUUUGGAUGGAUAA